AUGGAGGAAUUCGAGCAUAUGAUAGUGGAUGAGUUCAACGAAGAGGACUUCUACGAGACGAUAGAAGCACCAAAGUUUGUAGACCUCACCGCACCAGAUCACCGACCAGAAGGAGAUGAUCGUUACUGGUUCUGUUCCAGAGUUGGAUGUGAUCAAAAGCAUGAAGAAUUCAUGGAUUCAGAAGCAAUCUACAAAAAUUUUGUUCUUCGGGUUAUGGCAGCGAGGAGUCCAAGUGUUCGUCUUCGAAAAGCUCUUUAUAGAAAGGAUUCAACAAGUGUAGAGCUUAAAUGUCCAAACACGGUGCCUGCAAAGCCCUCGAGAUCACGCAUUUCUAGAUUGGCUAUGAUCUCAUCAAUUCCUCAGAAGGUUACUAAUGGUAAUAUCAAGUCAAAAGAAGCAAAAGCAAUCUCAUCAGCAAACAAGAAUGCAACUCCAAAGACAAAGGUGAAAGGAAAAGAGUCAUUGGUAGUGUCAUCGGUUCCUCAGAAGGCACUUACCGAGCGGAAGAAGCAAAUGCGGAGUCCAUCAGCAGCUUUUCGGAGUGUGCAGAAUCCGAGAACCGCAACAGUUAGAGCGUCGAAAAACAGAGCUGUUGCAAAGGCUUUGGUGUUUCAAUCUCCUAAGAAGUUGGUGAAACUGAAGAGAUCUGUGGAGCUUAGUUCCUCGGUGAAGAAGAUAUGUAACAGCAUGAGGAAACUUGAGAUUGAAAACAAAAGAAACGUUUUGGGGUUUGAUCACAAGGUUGGAACUGCGGUUCCAUCUAGGAAACCAUUAAAGGGACGUGAGGUGAAGAGCCGAGUGUUUGAUUCUUUGCGGUCACAGAAACAGAUCGGUGACACAUCCAAAGGUCUUGGUACUUUGAAGCAGAAGGUCAAGGAAAAAGAAGAGCUUGUGCUUUCAUUUGAUUCUUCUAAAGCUCAUGGCAUAACACUCGAGAAUCAGUCAAAUAGUUUGUCAAGGAGUGAAAAAACUAGUACAGAUGAUGAAUUGUCAGACACAUUGAAGACUGAUAUGGAUGAUCAACUCCAAACCAGAGAAGAGUUUGCUGUAAUAGAUGAGAGUGGACUGAAUAAAUCAAAGGAAUAUCAAAUUGUAGAGAUUGAAGAAAAAGAAAAUGUGUUACCUUCGGAGUGUAAGGACAAAGAAAAUGCUACUAGUGCAGUGGAUGUUGAUAGAGAAGAUCCUGCGGUAAUAAAUGAAAGAAAAGUGGAUAAAGCCAAGCUAGAUGAGACUACAGAGAUUGAAGACAAGGAAAAUGCAUUACCACUGGAGUGUGACGACAAAGAAAAUGUUACUGAUGCAGCGGAUAUCGAUAGAGAAAGCGAUGAUAAGGAAAAUUCUAUAGCCUUGGACAAUAACAGGAAAGUCGAGCAUAACACUGACCCUUCAAUCAAAAAGAAAAUCUUUGGCAAGAAAGAAGCUUUCAAAACCACUGAAAAGGUAGCUAAGUUUCUUUCGAAUACUUUCUACUCGGAUUCUACUAUCCUCUUCUGUGUAUUUAUGUAUUUGUAUGAACCAGGGGAUGACAGUAGCAGAUAA